AUACUCCUCCCGCUAUUCUCCUCCGAUAUCCGCCCCUCGUUAGGAAAGUACUCGGCGCAGAUUAGUAAUUCCAGGAAAAUCCCUCUCCUUCUUCAUCUGAGCCAUGGACGGAAAACCCCCGAAUUCAAAGCAUCCAACAACCUUCGUCGACCAAGCAGUCGUUCCCGGAGAUAUUAUUUUGGAUCUUUCAAGCGUGUCGAAUCAAACCCUUAAAUUGGGAGAAGGCUUGCGUCAGGACUGUGAUACAAUUUCUGUGAUGAAAGCUGGGCAGCUAAGGUUCUCAAAGCCUAAUAAAUACUGGGUUGAAAGCUCCCAAAAGAGGUAUGUACCUUGUGCGGGGGAUACAGUUCUUGGUAUUGUGGUUGACUGUAAGCUGGAUAUAGGUACUUUGCUUUAUCUCCGGGUGGUCAAAGCAAAUAACAGCAUGAACCCUGAGCUUGCAUGCACUGAUGCCAGUGGGAAAGCUUCGGAAUUUGGUCCCCUAAAAGAUGGUUACAUGUUUGAAACAUCAACCGGCCUAGCACGAAUGUUGCUAUGCUCUCCAACAUGCCCAGUUCUCGACGCUCUUGGGAAGAAGCAGUCCUUCGAGAUAGCUGUUGGGUUAAAUGGCCGUGUUUGGGUGAAUGCGUCCUCUCCACGCACCGUCAUUCUUGUCGGGAAUGCAAUCGUGAACUCAGAGACACUUAGCGGGAUACAACAAAGAAUUAUGGUGGAGAAACUCAUUGAACGAAUUCAGUGACAAAUGUGGUAAAGCUCGGCUCCCAUCUUUUCUCUUCCCAUAAUGCUCCUAGUUGCAUAGGGACUCUUUGAAGGUCCAAUCAAUUGAUGUAUUCUGUUCAUUGGAUCCAAUGCACAUUUCAUGGGUACCAUGAAAAAAUCACACUAGUCUGACAAAUAUUAACCAUUUGAUCAAUGGCCCUAAGUAUGGACAACGGUCAAAACCAUUUA